UCAACAUUUUAAAUGGAAAUCGGCUGGUCGUCGAGAGACACUGCAACCCGGAUGUACGAUUCCUUAGCUUUCCUUCAAGUGCUUCCAAACAAUAAGAGUUUUGAAUUUGUUGGCCGUAGCUCUUCGAUUAAACUUCUUAGGAGUUUUGCUAAUAAACGAAGUAAUACAAACGGUUUCCUAUCGAGCAAUUUCUUUGCAAGUAGGAGAUACUGGGUUAGAUUCCAAAUGGCAGUCAAGACUGCAGUUUUUGUUUCUGGUGGUGGAAGGUCCUUGGAAAAUUUGCUACGAUACUGCGACAAAGGAGCUUUGGAAGAGACUCAGAUUGUGACAGUAGUGUCCAGUAAGAACGGAACCAAGGCUUUGGAAAUAGCAAAGAACUGGUCUGUGCCUGCGCAGGUUGUUUCACCCAGAAAUUAUCCUUCUAAUACCGAGUUUAGUCAAGCAUUGGUUGAUGUUUGUGCAUCUUAUGGUGUAUCUUUAAUUGUGCUCGCGGGUUGGCUGCAUUUUUUCCAUAUUCCUCCUUCGUUUCAAGGGCGCGUCAUAAAUAUUCAUCCAAGUCUAAUUCCUUCCUUUUGUGGCAAAGGGUAUUAUGGAAUGAAUGUCCAUAAAGCAGUGUUGGACUUUGGUGUUAAGAUAACUGGAUGUACGGUUCAUUUUGCCGAUAACGAAUAUGACCAUGGACCAAUUAUUUUGCAGAAGGCUGUUGAUGUAUUAGAAACAGACACAGUGGACACUUUGUCUCGACGAGUAUUUGAAGCGGAGAAAGUUGCAUUACCCGAAGCAAUUCGACUCUUCAGUAAGGGUCUACUGAAACUCGAAGGACGUAGAGUCAAGAUUCUGAAGGAAGCGUUGAAGGAAACUUGUGUCGGUGAUAAAUAAGCUCAUAACGCCACAAAGAUGACUUUGUGUCUUCUACAUAGAGUAUUUUUUUUU